GUUUAAUGUACACAAACAUCUCUGUGUAGAGUUUGGAUGAGAAAAUGACAAAUAUACAACAAACUGACAUCAUGAUAUACGUCAAAAGGUAAUGCCUUUAACAGAAUUAUCAUGGAAGGACUAUUUUCCCAUCAAACCAGGCGCUGUUUUCUGUGCAAAAAGGAUGCAGAAUACUACUGCAAAGAUUGUAGAAAGAACUUCUGUUUGCUCUGUAAAGAAAAACAUUUGAUAGAUCUUGACUCUUACCUUCAUAAUGUAGUUACUAUAGAAGUGAAAUAUGGAAAUACAACUUGUGAGGAAACCUGUGAAAUACAUCCAAGAAAUGUUUAUGAAUACUGGUGUCGGACAUGUAAAUGUCCUUUGUGUAAACAAUGCAUUGGGCAUAGAGGGCAUGGAACGAACCCACUUAAUAGAGCAUAUGAACGACAUAUUAUCCUGAACCGAGAAAAAAUUUCCAAAGUUCGAAGUGAAGUUCUACAUCUUAAUAUAGCUUUGCUAGCACAAAUAAAGAACAUUGUACUACACCCAGGCAUACAUGUAGCAAAACAUCAGCUGAAAACUGAUCUGAAGAUGAUGGAAAGAGCCAAGUCUCUACAAACUGCCCUGGAGUUUGUACAUGAACAGAGUUUGAUAUUUGGAAUAAGGAAUUAUAUUGUAAAAAGGCUAAUUAAGUUGAGGAAACAAGUUAUUGUCUUGGAAAAGUCAAUUUAUAAGUUUGAUAUAUAUGCUAAUAAGCCUGUUCAAUGUCUGUCGUUUUUGAAAACAUCUCCACUUUUUCAUUAUUCUUUUUCUAGUUUUUCUCUGUAUGCUUUAAACAGGCAAAAUGUUAUCAACAUGUUUGGAGAAGUAGAAAAUAUGGAAAGUGGAAAACCAGAAAUUGAAGUGGAGUUUCUUUUCGAAGCGUUGCCUGAUGUGACAUUGAAACAAUCUGUAGAAGUGGGUGAAAUACGAAAAAGUUCACAUAUUUCCUAUGCCUCUUCAGACAGUUUCUGGAUCAAUAAUCACAAAAAACUUCUGCAUAUUCACAAAAACGGAGAAUCGUUAUUUCGACAGAAAAGAGUUUUGACUAACGCUGCGUUUCCGUGUGUCCAUUCGGUAACCACCACAGGGGAUCUGAUUUUCAUAGACCUAAAACAUAAUAUCUGCGAAAUGGAAAAAGAGCAAACGAUACCAAAUGUGUUGAUAAAGAAAUCAAAGCCUUGGAAACCUUGUUGUGUCUUUUCCUCCUUGUUAAAUGGAAAUUUAUUGAUAGGAAUGUGGAGAAAAGAUACAGAUACUUCAAUAGUUUCCCGGUUUGACAAAUCAGGAAACCAUAUUCAGAGUUUCCAGUACCACGAAAAUGGUGAGUCGCUUUAUAAAAAGGCAUUGUACAUAACAGAAAAUCAGAACGGUGACGUCAUUGUAUCCGAUGUUUGGUACGGUGUAGUGGUGGUGAAUCGAGAGGGAGCACAUCGUUUUUCGUACAGAGGUCACCCAUCGGUACGAAAGUUAUCACCAAAUGGUAUUUGUACGGACGCUUUAAUGAAUAUUCUUGUUUGUGAUUACAAUACCAAUAGCGUGCACAUGAUUGAUAUAGACGGACGUUUUCUGCGUUAUCUGUUGACCAAGAAACACAACAUAAUGGAGCCACGAAGCAUAUGCUAUGACCAUGAAAAUCAUUUGGUUUGGGUUGGUUCAAAUUUAAAAGGCAAAGGAAACAACCUUUUUUGUUAUAGACACAUUAAUAGAAAAUACCUGUAAAGUUUUGAAAAUGUUCAUAGUGAUGAGAAUAGGAAACACUAUCAGUAGAAUGUUUAAAUCAUGACCAAUGACUUAAUGAAAGAUGAUAAAGGUUUUGACUUUGAGCUCAUCUUUCUGUCUGUCUUAUUCACGAAUUGGAUCAUUCUGUAUUUUGUGAGAGUUAUUUCCCUUUUUACGCGUUUCAUAAAUUCUGAGGUAGUCU